GAAAUAAAACGUAUCAAGAAAAUAUUGGUGAACUCUAUGGAGCUGCAUUUCCUCGGCACAGGGUCAUGUUAUCCAUCUCCCGACAGAGGAGCUUCGUGCACCGUUCUUCGGCAUGAGACAGGCUGUUGGAUGUUCGACUGCGGGGAAGGGACUCAGAUUCAACUAAUGAAAAGUACACUUAAACCGGGAAGAAUUAACAAGAUUUUUAUCACUCAUCUUCAUGGAGAUCACCUCUUUGGUUUACCUGGUCUUCUUUGCACAAUAGGAUUAAAUUGCGCUGAAAAUAAACAGCCCAUCGAAAUCUACGGACCCGUUGGCUUGAGGAAGUAUAUCAGACUGUCACUGGAAUUGUCACAAUCAUUGUUGGGCUUUAGCUACUCAGUGACCGAGCUCCAGUGUUUUGAUUCAGGUCCUGCUCUGCCAGGAGAUGAUGUGGAACAGGCACAUUCAUUGUCUGGAUUUGACAGUCUACACCCAAACGAGACCCAAGGAGGAAUGAUUCUUGCAAAUGACAGUGGUGUAUGGGAAGUUUGCCGAGAAGGAACAUUAACUGUGUCUGCAGCACCCCUCAAACAUCGUAUUACAUGUUUUGGUUUUGUAAUUCAAGAGCAACAGCUUCCUGGAAAACUAGACCCUAAUAUUUUAAAACGUAAGGGCAUUCCUCCAGGUCCUCUUUAUGCAAAAAUCAAGAAUGGUGAAACAAUAACAGCUCCUGACGGUAGUCUGAUCCAGCCCACAGAUGUAAUGGGUCUGCCACGCCCUGGUCGUAAAGUUGUUAUCCUUGGUGAUACAUGCGACUCUUCAAGGAUUACAGACAUUGCUUUUGAUGCAGAUGUUGUUGUUCAUGAAGCUACUCUUGAGAAUGAAUUAAUGGCUCAGUGCAUAGAUCAUGGUCAUUCAACACCAGAAAUGGCUGGACAGCUUGCGAGGAAAAUCAAAGCCAAAAAACUGGUUCUCACACAUUUUAGCCAAAGAUAUAAGAGAGUUAGUGACAUUGAAGAAAAUGGCACUGAUGAUGCUGUGACUGUAAAAAAACUUCUUUUGCAAGCCAAGAAGGCAUUUCUACCAGGAAGUGUUGUUGUUGCUGAUGAUUUUAUGGUCAUACAAAUUUCUCAAAAACGUGAAUGAUAAAGCAUCUUUAAUUCUACAA